CACGUCAAAGCAAGAUGGCGGAGGCCGAGUUUGAGGAAGAUACGAUAUGGAUGACGGAGCUAGAGACGGCUCUGGUGGAGGAGUGCGACUUUGGUACACUGAGGAACAUCUGCAAGGGACGGAGCGUUCCGGAACACCUGAGAGGAGAGAUAUGGCAGAUCUGCCUGGGGGUACAAGGGAAGGGGGAUGCGUUGGCAGCCUUCGACGGUCUGUACGACAUGGAGGAACAGGGCCCACUCCGGGAGGACUGUGCUGCUCUUGUAGACAAACUUGGCAAUGAAGAAGAAGACAAAGUGUCGAUUGUGUCGGACCUAGAGUCCAUCGUCACGUUCUACUGCAAGUCCCGCGGUGAGACGUACACAGCAUCUAACGGCUGGCUGGAGACAAUACAACCCCUCUUGGCCCUCAAACUGUCCCGAGCCGAACUCUACAACUGCUUCUAUGCCAUACAGAACAAAUAUAUUCCCAGGGACUGCCUGAAGACCAGUGGAGCGUUCCAUCUGUUCCGCCUACUGCUGCAGUACCACGACCCAGAGCUCUGCUCCUUCCUCGACACCAAGAAGAUCACCGCCGACCUGUUUGCUAUGCCCUGGUUUCGCUGUCUAAUAAGUGCGACCUGUGACCUCCCGGUGACCCUGAAGAUGUGGGAUGUGUAUUUCCAGCAUGCCGACCCGUUCCUGGUGUUCUUCCUGGCACUGGUCAUACUGGUGAACGCCAGGGAGAUUAUUCUGUCUUCUGACGAGGAAUCAAAACAAAUUAUCGCAGAGAAGAUUGUGUCCUUCCCAUCAGGCCUUGAGGCAGAGGACAUUGAGGACUUCUGCUCCCUGGCACAGUACUACGAGACAAAAACACCGCAGUCUUUCAGGAGGGACUACCAGAUGCCGCUGUUUGGGACGUCCCUGGCGCCAGUGCAGGAGGGGGUUGGGGAGCAGGUGGGGCAGGCGCUGUGUCUCCCCGUGUCCGUCAUGGAACUCCUGCAGGCUAGCGAACUGGCAGCGGAGGAUGGAGUGCGAUACUUCAUCGUCGACUGCCGGCCAGCGGACCAGUACAACAGCGGACACCUACCCACAGCCUUCCACCUCGAUGCUAACUUGAUGUUGCAGAACCCAGUGGAGUUCAGCACGGCUGUUCAUGCGCUGUUUGCCACACGGAGCUCUGCACUCGCCACAGGUUCAGUGGCAGCAGGGGAACACCUGUGUUUCCUGGGCAGCGGGCGGGAGGAGGAGGACCAGUUUGUCAACAUGGUGGUGGCCAACUUCCUGCAGAAGAGUCAGCAGUACAUCAGCAUGGCAAGGGGAGGCUAUGCUGCCCUGCACCAACUGCUGCGGGAUAACCUUGGGGAGGGACUUGUCAAUCACAACAGUCGGACCUGCAUCGCAUGUUCCCCCGGCACUCCAAGCAGCGCCAGUGACGCGGAAAACAGCGACGACUUCGCCAACAGUAAAACACUGACCCGGGACCUGUUUGGGAAGCUGUCGACAGUGGUCAAGAGCAAGUCAGUGGAGAUGAAGGAGAAACUGGCCAACUACAUCAAAAACGACCAGACCCCAAUAGAGAGGCAUGUGAGCAACACAGACAGGCUGGGCAAGCGAUACAGGAACAUGGCCAACGUCUUCACGAUCGGGGAUGAUGAUGAAGGAGAAGACAACAUGAUGCUGCCGGUGUCGGAUGAUGAGCCGAAGGAAGUGGUGAGCCUGGACACCUGGCUGCAGAAGCCUGACGUGGCCUACAGCUGUCAGUGCCAGGAGGUGCUGGGCAAUGGCUACAUGUUCCCCAGCUACCUUCUGGUGACGGCAUCCCACCUAUAUGUCCUCCGAGACAUCCCCAAGAAGAAGGGCAUGGCCUACAUCCAAGCUCGCCGCGCCCUCGGCAGUGUCGUCAAAAUAACAUCCAAAAAGAAACAUCCAGACUUCAUCACAUUCAAGUACGGCACAAGUGAGGACGAGGGCUUCCACAUCACAGACAUGGACAGGUUCAUCAUCAGCAAGGCCGGCGAUGCCACCAGGAUCAUCAAGCAGCAGAUCAUGAAGGUGUUGGACGCACUCGACAGCUAGCGGGGACUCGACAGCUAGCGGGGGACUCGACAGCUAGCGGGGACUCGACAGCUAGCUAGGGGACUCGACAGCUAGCGGGGGGACUCGACAGCUAGCGGGGGGACUCGACAGCCAGCGGGGGGACUUGACAGC